UCGACUUAGACGAGCUACGAAAGCACACCGCUCUUCUUUCGAUUCACUACCAAGUAACACCGCCGUUCACGUCUCGCGACAUCUCCACGACCGAGGCUCGUUUGACGAGCUACGAAGAAGACACACCGUAUGGAAAAGUGUAACGGACCUAAAAACUCAUUUUUGUAGUUUUUAUGGUACUUACCUACUCGCGUGCUGCUGUGUUGUAGCUAUUUACAAAACAUAGAUUCUUUUUAAUUACGGCUGAACAAAAAAAAAAACAAAUACCUGCAAAACACGAGUAACACUACUCAUAUAACUGAUAAUAAAGAGUCUAGAAAAAUUGUUGGUGAAGUAAAACCUGAGGAAAAAUGGAAACCACAAAAUCUAAGCAAGAUGAAGGAACUGAAAAUGAAGAGUCAAGCAAAAUUGAUGAUAAUGAACAAAAACUCGAAAAGAAAGUUACUUUGGCCAAAAUAACUACGCAAGAAGAUGGAACAGACAAUAAAGAGUCUGGAAAAAGUAAUAAUACUAUAUUUGAUGGAGAACUGAAACCCGAAAACAAAAUAUGUAUUACCAAUAAAUCUGUGAUAGAGGAUGGACCACCGCCUGCUAUUAAAAUUGGUGAAAGUAAAUUGAUUGACAACGAAGAAUCUAGUGGAAGUAGUGAAGACAAAAUGUUUAUUAACUACAAUACAUUUGAUUCAGACGACCGUCCACAGACAACUAAUACUGAUGAGAGACAUACAGUUGAUGGAGAACUGAAACCCGAAAACAAAAUAUGUAUUACCAAUAAAUCUGGGAUAGAGGAUGGACCACCGCCUGCUAUUAAAAUUGGUGAAAGUAAAUUGAUUGACAACGAAGAAUCUAGUGGAAGUAGUGAAGACAAAAUGUUUAUUAACUACAAUACAUUUGAUUCAGACGACCGUCCACAGACAACUAAUACUGAUGAGAGACAUACAGGUGAAAUGAGAUUGCGUGACUUUGGAACAUUGGAAAGUAGUAAUAGUAGAAAACGUUAUCAAAAUCAAGACGAGGGUUCGGACGACAAUGAACUAUAUCUUUUGAAGAAAAUUAAAAUUGAAGAUACCAGUGAUGAUCCGUUUCAAGAGAUGUGGUCAUAUCAUCUUGAAUAUAACUCUUCAAAUUUCGAACAAUGGGAAAACAUAUUAUAUAUGGUCGAUUUAAACAAUAUUGUAGUAAACGCAAGAAUAGCUUACACUAAAUUUUUAGAACUGUAUCCGCUUUGUUACGGUUAUUGGAGGAAAUAUGCCAAUUUUGAAAGAAGAAAUAAUAACAUGGAUGAGUUUGAAAAAGUCAUAGAAAAUGGUUUAAUUGCUAUACCUAUAAGUGUUGAUUUGUGGAUUUAUUACAUGACAUAUCUGAGAACGGAACGUCCUGAUGAAGUGGACCAUAUUCGUAAUGAGUUCAAAAGAAGUUUGAAAUUGUGUGGACUUGAUUAUCAUUCUGAUCAGUUAUGGCAUGAUUACAUAUCAUGGGAAGUGGAGAGAACUGAAUUAUAUAAUGCAGCUCAAAUAUACUAUCAUCUUAUUUGUACACCAACUUCGAACUAUUUAAACAAUUUUUUCAAAUUUCAAGAGUUUAUAUUCACAAAAAUACCUGGAGAAUAUUUAGAUCAUGAAGAGUAUACCAAAAGACGAAAUAUAAUAAUUCAAUCAUUGGAAACAACCCAUAAUAAUAUAGAGUCAUCGAAUUAUGAAUCUAUACCACCCGGUGAAGAUUUUCACCAGAAAACUGAAUUUACCGAAGAUCAUAUUAUGUUCUUAUUGAGGAUUGGAAUUAUCAAUGAAUGGCACGAUAGUCACAAGGAAACUGGUAAACAAUUUGAAAGUAGGAAGAUAUUUGAGGAAAAUAUACGAAGACCUCACUUUCAUGUAAAUGAGUUGGAUUCUGCUGAGAUAAAAAAUUGGGGUAACUAUGUAAAGUUCGAGAGAAGAUUCGGAAGAAAUCAUGAACGCAUUGCUUAUCUCUAUGAACGGUGCUUGAUAACGUGUGUUUAUAACGAAGAAUUUUGGUUAGAUUAUCUGGAAUAUUUGUCUAUUAUAAAAAAUAUGGAUGUAACUGAUUUAUUAUCUGAUGUAUUUGGAAGAUCAUUAUCCUACCAUCCAAAGUCACUUCUAUUGAAUUUGAAAUAUAUUGAUUUUUGCGAGACCCAAGGUUUGGAAAAUAUUGCUGAUGAGACGAUAAGACAAUUAGAGGUCGAUUAUCCAGAUUCAAGAGAAGUUUCUAUUAAAAAUAUUAAUUUAGCUAGAAAAUAUGGUACCCUAGGGACUGUAUAUAAACAUUAUUUAAAUUCUUCUCAAUCAAAGUCUUUCUCCAGUUACAUCGCAGUGAGAUAUGCACGUUUUGUUUGGAAACACGAUCGUCAAUUAAACCUCGCGUAUGAUAUUUUAUGUGAUACAAUAAGAAAUAACGAUAUUAGUGUAAACGACAGCUUUGAGAUUUAUACAACAUUAGUAGAACUGGAAAUGGAAUUAAAUCCCAAAGAUCAUAUAUAUUGA